CUCUGAGGAGCCCAGAGCUUCAGUUGGGGUUAGCCGUUUGUGUUCUUUGAGGUACUGAGGACUUUGGAAAUCUGAAAUGGCCAAAUUACUUCAAUCUCCAUCCAAGUUCCUUCCUGAGGAGUGGUAUAUUGCUAACAAAAGACAGUACCACAGGGCAGCUACCCAAAGGUCCCAGUCUGAACGACUGGUGUCAGAAAGCCAGAGGCUUGUGGAUGAAAUCGAGAAGUCCACUAGGAAGUCUCAGAGCGAUGUGAACAAGAAACUCGAGCAGAGACUUGAGGAAGUCAAGUUCUGGAAGAAGGAAUUAGAUGACAAACUUGAACAACUUAUGCAUGAGACAGACGAUCUGCUCACAUACAAGAUUCGCCUGGAGAAAUCCUUGGAGAGCUUUAAGGAGCCCCUACACAUCACGGAGAGGUGCCUGGCCUACAGGGAUAAACGAAUGGGCAUCGAUUUCGUGCACGAUGUGGUGGAUCAGGAGCUGGUGAAGGAGGCCGAGAUCAUCCGUGGUGUCAUGGACCUGCUUAGGCGCACACUGGAGGAGACAACGGAGCAGAUCAGGCUCAACCGCUCUGCCAAGUACAGUUUGGAAAAGGAUUUGAAGGAUAAGUUCACGGCUCUAACUAUCGACGACAUCUGCUUCUCACUCAACAACAAUUCACCCAAUAUCAAGUACUCUGAGAAUGUUGUGAGAAUCGAGCCCAACUCAGUGAGUCUGGAGGACUGGCUGGACUUCUCCAAUGCCAAUGUGGAGAAGGCAGACAAGCAGCGGAACAACUCUAUGAUGCUGAAAACCCUAGUGGACCGAAUCCUGUCCCAGACGGCCCAUGACCUGCGCCGACAGCGUGAUGUGGUAGACACAGCAUUUGUAAAUGGGCUGAAGGAGACCAAGGAUGCCAGGAACAAGCUGGCUGAUUAUCUGGCUAAGAUUAUGAAAGAAAUCGCUUCCCAGGAGAAAAACAUUGAGGCUCUUGAAAAUGCUAUCUUGGACCAAGAAGGGCCCGCUAAAGUGGCGCACACACGUCUGGAGACCAGGACACACCGGCCUAAUGUAGAACUGUGUCGUGAUGUCGCUCAGUAUCGGCUGAUCAAGGAGAUUCAGGAGAUCAACCAUAAUGUUGCCAGGUUAAAGGAAAUCUUGGCUCAGGCUCAGACAGAGCUGAAGGCAUUGUACCGCAGGCAGCUGGCCCUGCAGGAGGAAAUCCAGGUUAAGGAGAACACCAUCUAUAUUGAUGAGGUGCUGUGUAUGACGAUGAGGCAGUCUAUACCCCCUCGAGAUGGCGAUGAACAUGGGGCCUGGGAGGGGGGCAUCAGGGCUGAGGCCAUCUGCUAAUAGGAACCAUUCAUUAAAUUACAUCUUAAGACA